AUGGCCGACAUGCGCCGCUGUCACGAGUGCAGCGACUUGCACGCGAUUGGUGAUGCAUGCCCUACCUGCGGCCACGACUCGUCGAUGCGCGACAAGAUGAAGUGCGCCCUCCAACGCUGCAUGAUGCUGCACCACCGAGGGCUGCCCCUCGAAUGGACGCGCAGGUGUACCUCAUGUGACCGCGCCAUCUUCAUGCUCGAGACAACGUGCCCGAGCUGCGAGACGCCCCAUACGCCGAUCAGAGACGAGCUCAAGAUGCUGCUCAUACGUCUCCGGAAGGCUAUGCAAGCGACGCCCGACCGUGCUCACACACCAGUGCCGACGGCUGUCGUUGCGUGGCUACGGGCCGCCAACGCUGCUGAAAAGCGAACGGCCAAGGCCACACGUGACGAGAACACUGCAAAGUACCGCCACUUCAAGGCUUUGGUCGGUGCGAUCGAGGCACGCAACCUGCCAAUGCUGAAGGAGCUCCUCGCCGAACCGAUCACGCCCUUGGAGCAGGAUGCCGUAUACCAACUCUACACCCGUUGUGGGACACGACGUGUGUCUACGUAG